UAUUUGAGGUGCGAAGCCACCGCCCCGUCGGGGAGAGCAAGACCUCACCAGGAGCCGCUACCAGCGUGAGCAAGCGAGUGUCCAGACUUGGGGAAAAUGGCAGACAAUUUUUCGCUUAAUGAUGCCUUAUCUGGGUCUGGGAACCCAAACCCUCAAGGAUGGCCUGGGCCAUGGGGAAACCAACCUGCUGGGGCUGGGAGCUACCCAGGGGCCGCCUAUCCUGGGGCCUACCCCGGACAGGCACCCCCUGCCACCUACCCCGGACAGGCACCCCCUGCCGCCUACCCUGGACAGGCACCCCCUGCCGCCUACCCUGGACAGGCACCCCCUGCCGCCUACCCUGGACAGGCACCUCCAGGAGCCUAUCCUGGACAGACACCUGGACAGGCUCCUCCUGGGGCCUACCCUGGCCCAACGGCACCUGCUUAUCCUGGACCAACUGCACCAGGAGCCUACCCCGGGCAACCAAGUGGGCCGGGGGCCUAUCCGGGUGCCAGCCCUGCUGGACCGCUGACUGUGCCUUAUAACCUGGCUUUACCUGGAGGAGUCAUGCCUCGCAUGCUGAUAACAAUUAUGGGUACAGUAAAUCCCAAUGCAAACAGACUUGUUUUAGACUUCAAAACAGGGGAUGAUAUUGCUUUCCACUUUAACCCACGCUUCAAUGAGGCCAACAAGAGAGUCAUUGUUUGCAAUUCAAAGCUGAAUAAUAGCUGGGGACGGGAAGAAAGACAGAUGGCAUUCCCAUUUGAAAGUGGUAAACCAUUCAAGAUACAAGUACUGGCUGAAUCUGACCACUUCAAAGUUGCGGUCAACGAUGCCCACUUGUUGCAGUACAAUCAUCGGAUGAAAAAUCUCAAGGAAAUCAACGCGAUGGCCAUUUCUGGUGACAUCAGUCUUACCAGUGCUUCGCAUACUAUGAUAUAAUCUUAAAGGGGCAGAUGCUUUUUAAAAAAAUGAAAUUGAAUGUAAGCUGUACACAUAAGUUUCAUGCUCACCAUGAGUGAAAAAUUUUGCCUUUGUUCAUCAAAAUCCUUCUUGUAAACCAAUUCCAUUUAAUAAAUAUUCUAAGAGUUACCUGCUUA